GUUGUGUGAGUGAUUGCCAAGUGACUUGGUGUUGUGGGUUGGUACAAUGGCUGCAACACCAUCUUCAUCUGAUGAACAAAUUCACCCCUUGAAAGUUUUGGUGGACAAACAGACAAACAAAGUUCUAUUUGCUGAGGCAGAUAAGGAUUUUGUCGAUGUUCUAUUGAGUUUCUUAACACUGCCUUUGGGUACAAUUGCUAGACUUGUAGCUAAGGAAUCAAAUAUAGAAGCAGUGAGAGUUGGUAGCUUGAGCUCAUUGUAUGAAAGUGUGGCACAUCUUGAAGAAGAGCAUUUAUGUACACCCACUUGCAAAGAAAUGCUAUUGCAGCCAAGGAACUCCAUGGAAGCUUAUUGCCAACAACUGAGGCUCAACAUCGAUGACACUGACCCCACAAAGUUCUUCCUUUGUGAGAAUUUGGAGUGUAAUAGGAAGUGUAAAGGUCUUGUGAGCUUAUUCAGGAAUCAAAGAUGCAGUUGUGGGAAACUAAUGAACACAGUAUUGACCCCAAAAAACAUCAUUUUAGAAAAAGGGUUUGUUAAGGAAACUGCCACUUUUAUUGUUUCUGACGAUCUUUAUAUAACGCCAAAUGUUUUUGGAGCAAGUGUAAAUCUCUUUCAGAAGCUUGGAAUUGAAUACAUGGAGACUGUUGAAGAACAAAUUGUAGAUAUCACUAAGAAGGAGGUAGUGGACUUGCUCAAGUUUUCAUUGAUCUCAGAGACGCCUAUGACAGACUUCGUCUUAAAAAAAGAACUUUGCCUUGAUAAUUUUAUCCCAAUAAACCAAUACCAGUUUAAGACUGGAGAAGUUCCAUCUGAUGAGGGUAGGAAAAUGGUUGUGAAAGUACAGUUAAGAAAAUCUGAUGGCAAGAUUGUGUUUGCUGAAGCCAAUGAAGAUUUUGCAAACUUUCUAUAUAGUUUUCUCACUUUCCCUUUGGGUGGAGUGUUGCACAUGCUGAAAGGAUCCUCCUCUUUGAGUUGCAUAGAUAAAUUAUACAAGAGCAUGACUGAAUUGAGUUCAGACAGAUAUUUAAACUCACAAGAACUAAAAGAAAAACUUGCUAACCCUCUCUGUGCUCCACAGUUUAAUCUUAGCAACCAGAUAUUACCAAUUGGGGCAAAAGAGUUGCCUACAUAUUAUUUCAAUUCUUCUAAAGGACACAAUCUUUCUCUUUUUACAUUACCCAAGUCUGUAUCUAAUUAUGGUGAAAGGAAUGCACCAUUGAAUAUUGUUGAUCCAAGGUCCCCUGCUGGAAAAUCAUCAGAUUCUCAAGGAUUUGCCAAAGAACCAUCAAUGUACAUGGUGACCGAUGACUUGGUUGUGACUCCAAUGUCAUCCAUUUCUGCUGUUUCAUAUCUGAAUAGAUUAAGAGUACCACUCUUUGACUUGGAGGAAAGGGUCAUCACCAUUGGUGUGAAGGAGGGUCUUGGCAUACUGAAAGCUUCAUUGACAUCAACAUCUGCUUUGACAAACGGUCUCAAGCACUUAACAAAGGAAAGUGAUUUUUGUAUUACUUUAGGGGACGCUUUUAAGGGUCCUUCACAUAUCUGGGAUGGAUUUUUAGGAUACUUGUAUUCAAAAAGAAAAUAAAAAAUAUAAAUAAUUAUAUAGAGUAUUACUCUGUAUAUCAACUUUUAGUGUUUUGAAUAUCAGAAUUGCUACAUAAAAGCCAUUAAGGAGGAGAAUGAAUCAAUCACUUCCAUCUUGGCCGAAGUUACAGAAUCGUGGGUACUACAGAAUAAACUUUUUGCAUAUGUUAGAGCUCUUGGUAUUGUAAUGUAAUGCUUUAUAUUUGUUGAUGUACUAUGCUUUAUCUAAAUAUACAAAAUACACUAUUUGCAUAUUAGCUCUUGGUAUUGUAAUGUAAUGUAAUAAAUAUUGGGAAUGCUCCCAGUGGUUUGUUUUCCAUUGUCGAUAAGUUUCUGUCAGGUCAGGCUUGUGAUGUGAAUAGCAAUUCCUCUUGAUU